AUGUCAACAACAAUUGUCGAGAAAGCCCUGCCCCCGGCUUCCCCACGGUACAUUCUGCGCGGCCACUCAUCUGCCAUCCAAGCUCUGCAUUUCUUUGCCCACAACACUCGCCUCAUCUCCGCCGACGCCGACGGAUGGGUUGUUAUUUGGGAUGUAAUUACGAAACGCGCGCGCGCGGUAUGGAAGGCUCAUGAAGGGGCUGUCUUGGAGGUCAAGGGGUUUGACCUUCCAGCGCAACAAGAAAUAUUUACUCAUGGAAGAGACCACAAGCUCCGGCUGUGGAGAAUAAAGGCCUCUGAUGAUAAAGAGGCAUUACUCAAUCGUAUUUUACCGGUUGAAAGAACGCAAGUAAACGCUUCUUCGACGCAGACGUCGUCGUCGUUGUCGUCGUCUGUAGAGCCCUGGCUUGUGCAUUCCCUUCCAGUCAACGCGCUCAACUUUUGCGCUUUUUCGCUGUGCUUGGUGCCUGACCCGGCAACAGAGGCUUUUGGGGAAGAUGCAAAUCCCUCGUCGACUGACCAAGGGCUGACGGCUGGGCAAUCUGUCUACUUUGCUGUCCCCAACGCCCUCAACUCUGGCGCUAUUGACAUUUUCCAUUUGCCAUCGGAGAAACGCGUGUCAACCAUUCUCGCAGAUACCACCGUGCAUACAGGCAUGGUCAUGGCUGUGAAUCUCUUGUACACUGCUCAAAACCAGCUUUACGUGUUGUCCGGCUACGAAGACGGGCAUGUCAUGGUCCACGUCCAACGGUCUAUCCGUGAUCCCCCAAAGACAUGGAAAUGGUCAAAAGUCUAUGUAUCUCGGCCUCAUAGUCAGCCGGUUCUAUCACUAGACUCGGUGCAGUCAGAAAAGCAGUCGUAUUUCUUUACAUCUUCGGCCGAUGCGCUGAUCGUGAAACAUCCUGUUCCGACGGCGGCGACCGUUGGCCCUGCAGCAAUUGCGGAGAAGAGUCCGCUGAAACUGCUCAACACAAAACACGCUGGGCAGCAAGGGCUGCGACUACGAUCAGACCAGAAGAUUUUUGGGACUGCUGGUUGGGAUGCUCGGAUACGAGUGUACUCGAGCAAGACUAUGAAAGAACUUGCUGUGCUGAAAUGGCACAAAGAAGGGUGCUACACUGUGGCUUUUGCCGAUAUUUUGUCUCCUGAUGAGGACAUAGAGAUAUUAACUGGUAACGAGACAGAAAAUACGGACGAAAACAAUGCCCAAACGCAGCAUGUUUCGCAUGAAUCCCCUCUACAAAUGGUACAGCACCAGAGAAGUCAAAAAGCGCAGCAAAUGCAUUGGCUAGCAGCAGGCUCUAAAGAUGGUAAAAUCUCGCUAUGGGAUAUUUACUGA